AGUGCAUCAGCAGAAGCAGCGGUAGCAGCGCUGAGGUUGGGGCGGCGGUGAGGAGGAGCAGCAGCCGCCGAGCCUGCGGACGUUUAGCCCGGCCACAGCGGCACACGCAGCCCGGGAGAGCCGCCGGAGGAGCCCGCGGAGCCCAGUGGGAUGGUGUGUGUGUGGAAAGAGUGAGGAUGGGCUGCACCUCGGCGAAACAGGUGUCGGCCGUGCCGAGUGAAGACGAGGGUCGAGGAAAAGCCUACAGCAACGGAGACCUGUUCACAGAUGAGUACAGGAUGAAGGGAGUGGAGGAAGUAAAGUACAUGCGAGGAGAAGAAGAUAGAGUGAAUGCCCGUAACCAGGAGAACUUGGAAAAGAGUUCAGCACAUAAAACCAAACUGCACAAGGAGGUUCCAGGUGCCAACACUAACAGAGCUAAUAUUCAUACAUCAGAGAGUCAGCAGGAGUUCUUUAGAAUGCUGGACGAGAAGAUUGAGAAGGGACCCGACUACUGUUCGGAGGAAGAGGAUGUGACAUAGCAGCCCCCACUCAACCACUUUAGAGAGAAAGAGAGAGAUGGAAAGGACAUGAGAGAGAGAGAGAGAGAGAGAGAAUGUUCCCUUCUAUGGAGGAGCGAGGAGUGAACUCCAAUCAGUGUUUUCGUCUGUAACUCUGUUCAGUCUCAGAAAGUGUGUGUGUGUGUGUGUGUUUGAAGAGAGAGAGUGUGUGCGCGUGUGUAAGAGGGAUUGCGUUCCUCGAGGACUGUGUAGCUCUGUGCCCCGCCCACUCUCUUCCUCCUGCUUCUUCUUUCGGCGGUGAUUGACGGAGGGACGGAUAAAGGAGGGAACGUUUGAUUGACAAGCGAUUGACCCAUUGACUCUCUCAGUGUUGGAUACGGGAUGAUAUUCACACUCCUCACACUCCACACACCUCCCUCUCUUCACACCUCUGCUGUGAAGGAACCUUCCGGAUGACUUGUGAGGAAGAGGAAAGACAGACAGAGAGAGAGAGAGAGAGAAGGAUGAAGCGCGAAAGAGAACAUUUUGUGUGUGAUUUUGUUUUAUGAUUUUUUAAUUUUUUUUUUUUUUUCCAUCUUCCUGUGAUGGAAAAGCCAGGGAUAAACGGACGAGGCACUCGUGAAGAUGGAAUACGGGUGUGUGAGUGUGUAAUUGGUUGAUUGUAUGAGUGUGUGAGGGUGUGUAAGAGUGUGUGUAAGAGCAACUGACUGGUAGUGGUGUGUGUAAUAUGUAAAGAUUAAAAGAAGAGAUAUUUUAAUAAGAGAGAUACGAGGGCCGAAACGCUCUGAACUUUUGCCUUUUGAAGGAACGUAUUUUUUAAUUUCUGACUUUAUUUUUGGUUUUAUAUGUUUUUUAUUUCUUGUUUUUUUUUGGCUGGCACUGUGCCACCUCCAGGUUAAAGAUCUAAAGUACCCUGUGCAUUGACCCGUACACACCCUUCUCACACACUUUACUAAACUUUACGUAAAAACUAUACGUUUUAAACUCUGUAUUACACACUGAUCAGCUUUUUUUUAACAUAUUACUCCAUAGACACACAAACACAAAGUUAUAAUUGCUUCCAUAUCAGAAAUUAAAUUUUUGUUGUCUAUUUUUUUUAUAUAUAGUUUUAACAUAAUUUAAAAACACCAGCUGCCCUUUACAGUGAGUGAAGUUUCUAUGACCAGUAAACCAAUAGAAAUGCCUCCAAAUUGAUGUUUUUAAUAAUAUCUGCCAAAUAAAGUAACUACUCUUUUAUAUUAAAGUACAUUAAACUUAAAGAAAA